AUGCAAUUCUUCCACCUCUUCUGUCUUGUGGCCUUGGCUGCGGCCUCGCCACAGCUGCCUACACCGGUUGGACCUCCUCCUCCACUCACUCCGGCUGAUGGUUCGACCUCGACUCCUGUCCCGGUUGUGCCCCCUCCUCCUCCAACGAAGGCAACGACUGAGACGCCCAAGCCUCCCGCCCCAACGCCUGAUGGCCCCAUUUGCGAAUGCGGAUAUACUUAUUGCGGCUCUGUUUUGAUGACCAUGAAAAAGCCAUGGAACCAGAAACAACUCGGCGACGCAUACUGCAAGACACCCAACGCCUCAUGCCCCAAUAACAAGCCGUCCUCUGAUGUACACUCUGCUCUGUACCUCUGUCUCUGCGAUGGGCCUGACCAGAAGCUUGGCACAACUCUAGAUCUUCUCUGCGGCUGCGACAAGUGCCUCAAUGUCGGUCCCGAUAACCGAGCUCGCUGUGAGACGCCCUGUGUUGCUGCUACUCAUAAAUAGUCAGUGGUUGGAAGACAAGAAGAUAUUGUUGUAGCCGGAGCUGGUCUCUGGCGGCUGUCAAGCAAAUUGACUACCACCAAACUGAUUUCCUUUUUCCUUUUUCUAUCAUUUUACUUUAGCCUAUACCAAGAAACAAUCUAGCUAGACUCAAUUAAACGGCACCGUUUAAAUUCAA